AACCAAACGAGUCUCCUCCCCCUCCCUCUUCCUUCACUCUUCUGCUUACAUACACAAACUCUCACUUUCGAAAUUCUGCUAUCCCAUUUUUCCUCUUCAUUUUUCAAUCCAUUUUCCUUUUAGAUCAAGAUGGCAUACGAGGAUCGAUUCGGGCAGGUGCAGAGGUCUAAAUAUGACUGCCUCCUAUUUGAUCUUGAUGACACCCUCUACCCUCUUAGCUCCGGCCUAGCAACUUCAGUUCUCAAAAACAUUCAAGCAUUCAUGGUCGAAAACUUGGGCAUUGAAGAGCGCAAAAUCCCUUCACUAUGUGACCUUUUGUACAAAAACUAUGGCACAACAAUGGCUGGUCUUAGGGCAAUUGGCUAUGAUUUCGACUAUGAUGAGUAUCACAGCAUUGUUCAUGGGAGGUUGCCUUAUGAGAAUCUGAAGCCGGAUCCUGUGUUGAGGAGCCUCUUGCUGAGCGUGCCUAUCCCCAAGAUCAUCUUCACCAAUGGUGAUCACAUCCACGCCGUCAAGGUGCUGAGGAGACUAGGCCUUGAGGACUGUUUUGAGAGCAUAAUCUGCUUCGAGACUCUCAAUCCUGUCCACAAGAGCGUUGCAUCGGAUGAUGAGGAUGAUAUCGCCUUUUUGGGCUCAAAACCGGCUCCCAAAAGGACUCAGAUAUUUGACAUUAUUGCACAUUUCAAUAAGCCUAAUGCAGAGCAAUCUGGAUUGCCUAAGACUCCUAUAGUUUGCAAGCCCUCGGAAUCUGCCAUAGAAAUUGCUCUCGAGAUUGCCAAGAUCGAUCCUCGUAGAACACUCUUUUUCGAGGACAGUGUCCGUAACAUUCAAUCUGGGAAACGCGUUGGACUAGACACCGUGCUGAUUGGGAAAUCACAGAGAGUGAAGGGUGCAGAUUAUGCACUAGAAAGCAUUCAUAAUCUCCGAGAGGCGAUACCGGAGCUGUGGGAAGCGGAGAAGCCAGCUGAGGCUAACUACUCAGGGGUGGCUGUGGAGACUUCUGUCAUAGCUUAACUUAAUAUUUAACCUAACUAUUUCAUUUCAUUGCAAAUUUCUAAGUUCCAUGUUACUACUUGUCCAUUAAUGAUGUAAAUUCUAUGUUGGAAAUGGUAUCAUCUAAUAAGAUGUUGGUUCAUUUUCUUGCAAUAAUAAUGUGUUGGCCUUUUGCUUUA